AGUUUGGUGGCCACAAAGGAAACAAGCAGUGCAAGAUCACGUAGCACACCCAUGUCGCCAUCUGAUUUUCUGGAUAAGUUAAUGGGUAGGACCUCCGGUUAUGACGCAAGAAUCAGACCCAAUUUCAAAGGUCCUCCCGUUAAUGUUACCUGCAACAUAUUUAUAAACAGCUUUGGAUCCAUUGCAGAGACUACCAUGGAUUAUCGCGUGAACAUCUUCCUCCGUCAGAAGUGGAACGACCCACGCCUCGCCUACAGCGAGUAUCCGGACGACUCGUUAGACUUGGAUCCCUCCAUGUUGGAUUCCAUUUGGAAGCCAGAUCUGUUCUUUGCUAAUGAAAAGGGAGCCAACUUUCACGAAGUCACCACCGACAACAAGUUACUGAGAAUUUUCAAAAAUGGAAACGUUCUUUAUUCCAUCAGAUUGACUUUAAUACUCUCCUGCCCAAUGGACCUCAAAAAUUUCCCUAUGGAUGUACAAACAUGUAUUAUGCAACUGGAAAGCUUUGGCUACACGAUGAACGAUCUCAUCUUUGAGUGGCAAGAAGAAGCUCCAGUCCAAGUAGCAGACGGACUCACGUUACCGCAGUUCCUUUUGAAAGAAGAAAAGGAUUUGCGUUACUGCACCAAGCAUUACAAUACAGGAAAAUUUACCUGCAUAGAAGUUCGAUUUCACCUGGAACGGCAGAUGGGAUACUAUCUGAUCCAGAUGUAUAUUCCCAGUCUCCUGAUUGUCAUUCUGUCUUGGGUCUCAUUUUGGAUCAACAUGGAUGCCGCUCCCGCCCGGGUGGCCUUGGGAAUAACAACGGUGUUGACCAUGACCACGCAAAGUUCAGGCUCACGGGCCUCCCUCCCCAAGGUGUCCUACGUCAAAGCGAUUGACAUCUGGAUGGCAGUGUGCCUCGUCUUUGUGUUUUCAGCACUUCUGGAGUACGCCGCUGUGAAUUUUGUUUCACGGCAACACAAGGAACUCCUGAGAUUCCGUAGGAAGCGAAAGAAGGGCAAGACUGAAGCUUUUGCCUUGGAGAAGUUUUACCGUUUCUCAGACACGGAUGACGAAGUAAGAGAAAGCCGGUUCAGCUUCACGGCCUACGGCAUGGGACCAUGUCUGCAAGCAAAGGACGCCGGGACCUCGAACAAUCCGGCCCAGGCUGUCCCCAGGAGCCCCGAUGAAAUGAGGAAGGUAUUUAUCGACCGAGCCAAAAAGAUUGACACCGUGUCUAGGGCCUGCUUCCCUUUGGCCUUCUUGAUUUUCAAUAUCUUUUACUGGAUCAUCUACAAGAUCCUUAGACAUGAGGAUAUACAUCAGUAGUAGGAUUAAGGUUCCAGAAGCACGUGCAUGGGUGUGAGGUGGGGGUGGGGGUGGCGAAUGCAGAAAUAUCCAACGGCAUAAGGGGAAACGAGGUUAUAUUUUGACUUGCUAUGCAAAGUCAUACCUGGACUAGUGAAGACAACCUUUCACGAAGACAGCAGUUAUCGGCUACUGUGAAGUUUCGAUUCCUUACUAAAUGUGACCAAUUUUUUCAUAGUAAUUCAUACCACUCUAUUCUCGAGCUUUACUGCCAAUGUGGUUCUAUAGUAGAUAUUCUUACACGAUGGUAUAUAUAAAUGGACAGUACUCUUCGGAGUUCCUUAUGAUUUUUUAAAAAUCCAUUGUAUUUUCUAUCGAAGUUUAAAUCGUCUAAGGUGAAUCCCGUAGGAAAACAGAGACCAAGUGUUCAAGCAUCCAUUUUGGUUUCAAGCUUAGCUGGCAGUGUCAAAUCGGUUGGUUCACUUGUUUUCUCAAAGAUUAAGAUCAAUGUGUUCUGUAAUGACCAUCGUCAGCAUUCAAAGAAGCGAUGACUUCCUAAACAGGCCAUCUCCUUUGAAACUUCUCACAAAUGGCCCAGGAGAGCCGAUGUUCUGAAUAGAACAUUCAUCCACUGCAGCCAACUCCACAGUUUCGGUGAAUUACAAGGGGAAUGCAUUGCUGUUUUUAAUGUAUUUAAUGUAUUUUUAAUUUAUUUAAUGUAUUUUUAAUUCAUCCCCCAAAAGACUCUUUGAUAAAAUUUCGAACUGAGAGCAAUUUUUUUAAAUCUUUUUACUGGAUGCUUAAUUUUCCUCAUCUAACUAUGCUUAGCAUUUCAUCUUAAUAAGGGAGAAAUGGAGUGACCCCCACUGAUUUGAAUUUAUCAAGUUGUACCCUCGCAAAAAAACCUAGUCGAUCAUUUCAAAUGGAGUCUCGUUUCCUUACCCAGUAGUUAAAAUUAUAUAAUUGUAGCACGUUUCUAUAUUAGCAUCAAUUUUCCCUGAGGAACAAGUCAAAAAUUUGACCCAAAAGCCUAAGAGGAGAAUUUUUGCUUGAUAAUUUUCAAAUGGGUUUCCUCACUCCCCACCCUCCUGGAAACACAAGUUGUUUUGUUUAGUGACUUUUCCACUGAGAAAUUUCAGAUUGGAAAUAUUCGAUGAAGGGUCCGUGAUUAGAUAUUGGAGGGAAAAGCUGUGGAAAUUAGAUAGAUUCAUGGAUAAUAAAGGAGAUAAUCGGAAAGUUAGAUGGUGCGUCUUUAACCAUCAAGAUGGAUGCUAAGAAGGACAAUCAUCACAGUUCUAAGAGCUGCUGUCAGGGAUGGAGUUUUGGACUUGAUCAUCAUGUGUCUGUCUCAAGAGUGAAUUGCUUCGAUUACUGUUUUUUAGCUGGAGAAGUGAGCCAGUGGGCCAAAAGAAUCCAGCUUCCAAAUUGUCAGUAGGGACAAACUCAUACCCUAGGAGAGUUGGGUUAAUAGGUAAGAGGAGCUAUUUUUUUCAGAGCAAAGCUGGUGAAAUUAUUUUCCCUUUGGGCCUCGCACUGUCAAAUGAGGAGCUGGAACUGCCAUUUCAAAUGGAAGAUUUCUUCUUUUUUUUUUCCAAAUAAGAAUGAGUCAUAUCAGGUGCCUCUCUGGAGACCUUUCAACCAUUAACUGCAAUGCAAACUAUUCUUAUGUAACUCUGAAGAGUUUUUAAUGUUGCGUACAUCUUUCAGCACCUAAUGACAUGCAAGACCUCACCCCGAAAAGUAUGUUUCUUGUUUUUAUGACAGGUGAGUCAAACACUACCACUGAACAGCUCCUCUCUUUCAACUUUCCUUAUUCUGAGCUUGUUUUUGGCAGUUGGAUAACCAAAAGCUAAAUGCAGCUGGUGGGAAAUGCAAGCUGGAUUGCUAGAGGCACAGUGCAUAUGAACUAAACCGUAACAAUGUAUCUUUAUGCUGAAGAUUAAAGCGUAGUAAUAUCACAUCUUGUCUUUCUGAGGAUUAGACAGAGGAUUUAAAGAUAAUGGUUUCCCAGGUCAUUUUCAAUCGCCUCUGGAA